AUGCUACCUGCCGACCACCUCACUUUUGAUCAGGUUCCAGUGGAUACCGUCGUGAUUCUACACAUUCCAUUGAAACUUGUCAUGCUUAACACUUGGCACGUCGCCGUUGCACUACUAGCUCUGGUUCCUUCCAACAUAAACGUCUGUGGAAACGCAUCCGGGACUACUCGUUGCAGCGUCAAGGCCCCUAAGGCAUCACGCUUGACGACCUCAUCCGAAUACACACUUAGUUCCCUCAAACACCCGACCAUCACUGGUCAUCGAGGGGCACCGGGAUAUCUGCCAGACCAUACUAUCGAGGGGUAUACGCUAGCUAUUGAUGUCGGCAUUGACGUGAUCGAGCCGGACCUCGUUAGUACCAAGGACGGCGUGCUCGUCGUACGUCACGAGCCUUAUAUUGACGGCACUACGGACGUGGCUUCCCACCCCGAAUUUGCUGACCGUCUUACCACCAAGAUACUGGAUGGAGCGCCCGUGCAAGGCUACUUUGUCAGCGACUUUACCCUCAAAGAGAUCAAGACACUGCGUGCCAAGCAGCCACUGCCUGAGCGCGACCAGAGCCACAAUGGUCGAUACGAGAUUCCGUCGUUCGAAGAGGUGAUUCAGCUAGCACAGCACAAGUCCGUCGAGUAUAAUCGCACUAUUGCCAUCUACCCGGAAGUGAAGCACUCGAGUUUUCACAAGGCACUUGGCGUGCCGAUUGAGCAGACCAUGCUCGAGCUGCUGACUCAGUACGGAUGGAAUCAUGCUGACGCGCCCGUGUUCAUUCAGUCGUUCGAGACGGCGAACUUGCGUGAGCUCAGGAAGGUGACAAACGUCACGUUGGUGCAGCUUAUUGACGGCUUUGGGAGUGACCCUGUUUCCGGCCAAGUUCUUUUUGAGACACCGUCCGCUCGACCUUUCGACUGGACGCUGGCUAACCGUAGCGACAAUUAUGGAUACCUCAUUACUCCGGUCGGUCUUGCUGAAGUGGCUACGUAUGCUGACAUUGUCUCGCUCUGGAAGCGAUAUUUGCUCAAGGCUGUUGCUGUUGAGGUGGAUGCUGCUGGAAACGUUGUUGAUUCGGAUGGUGACGGUCAGAUCACGGAUGCUGACUAUAAUAUCAUUGAGGCCUUCGACGUUAUCAAGGAUGCACAUGACGCUGGUCUAAAGGUACAUACGUGGACAAUUCGUGAUGAGAACUACCGUCUAGCAGCGAACUAUGCUGGCAACGCGACGCUCGAGUAUUUGCAGCUCUUCAAUAUGAAAAUCGACGGAUUGUUUAGCGACAACUGCAAGACGGCAGUGAGCGCCCGUGAUGCGUGGCUGGCUGCGCAGCUGUGA